AUUUCACUUAAAAACGUCAAAAUAAAAAUUUAUGUAAUGUAUUUGCAGAUAUAUUUAAUAAUGUUUCAGUUCUAUUUUUUAUACAUUAUAAAAGAGAUAGAAGCAUUUCAAUAGAAUCUUGUGCAAUAUUUUUGUGAGGUAGUAUUUUUCAUAAAUUUUGACGUUGAAGGUAAAAUUCUUGUUGUGUUAGACUAAAAAGAAAUAUCGAAAUAAAUACGUGACAAGGAAAUAGUUAAUUAGUGAGAAUAUACAAUUAGUGCCAAUUACAAAAUCCUGUUAUCUGGUAAUUAAAUGUACAAAAAACAAUUGAAGUGACCGAUGCCCCAUCCACGUUUUUGGUGUGCUCUUGCACUUGAAAUAAGACAAGCGCACCCGCGGCACCGCACAGGUACUUUGUACAGGUAGUCGAGUCUUUGAAAAUCGUUCAACAGUUUCACUCUUGCAUGGUAUGUGACCGGUUGUGUAGUGCGCCUACUAUUCAUUCGAUCUAUACGUCCUCCGAACAGUACAGCCUUACCGUGGGUUGUAAAUUUAAGUUUCAAAACACUUUCACUAGCACUUGGUGUCUUUACACGUUUUUUACCCCGAUAAUAAAAGUCUCAAUUCAAAAAUACCCGCGUAUUUUAGAAAAAAAUGAUAAAAUAUAUUCUUUGUUAGAUCGAGUUAUUGUUUUUCAUCUUAAAGUUGUAAACAACGUGCUAUUAUGUAAAAACGGUGUUUGAACAUAGUUUAAAUAAAGGUAGGCGUUAUGGCCAGGUGUGGUAGUGGACGAAUGUAAUUUUUACUUGUUUAUUGGAAAUAUUUAAUACUAUGGAUGAAGACGACGUUACUGUACGAGUGGGUGUCAGGAUUCGUCCUCAGACACCUCGCGAAAUAAUCGACAUGUGUCAUAUUUGCACCACGGUUACACCCGGGGAACCACAAGUUACUCUAGGGAGUGAUAAGGCCUUUACCUAUAACUAUGUUUUUGAUAUGGAAUCCAACCAAACUGAGGUUUACGAAACGUGUGUGGCAUCUCUAAUCGAAUCUUCUCUUGAAGGGUAUAAUGCCACUGUUCUUGCAUAUGGUCAGACAGGAUCGGGAAAAACUUACACAAUGGGCUCAGGAUUCGAUGUCGAAGUGAAAGAAGAACAAAAAGGAAUCAUUCCAAGAGCCAUUCACCAUCUUUUCGAUGGGAUCCAUUCCAGAAUUCAGAAGGCACAAUCAGCUGGAAUUUUACCACCUGAAUUUAAAGUAUCCGCACAAUUUAUGGAACUUUAUAAUGAAGAAGUCAUUGAUUUAUUCAAUCCUUCAUAUAGUAAAGAUAAAGUCUACAAAAUUCACGAAGACCCAUAUGGUGGUAUUCAAGUAAAGGGAGUAACUUUUAAGACUGUUCUAUCAGCAGAGGAUGCUCUCCAAUGUUUGAGACUAGGAGCCCUUUCCAGGACAACUGCCAGCACGCAGAUGAAUACUCAGUCCUCACGUUCGCAUGCCAUAUUUACUUUACAUAUAAAGCAGCAACGAUUGGUUCCUUCUGAAGAUGAAACCAAUGAGUUUGAAACGCUUAGUGCCAAAUUUCAUUUUGUUGAUCUUGCCGGUUCUGAAAGACUUAAGAGAACAGGUGCAACUGGGGAAAGACAAAAAGAAGGCAUUUCAAUUAACUGCGGUUUGUUAGCUUUAGGUAAUGUAAUUUCAGCUUUAGGAGAUAAAUCAAAGAAAGCUCUACAUAUACCAUAUAGAGAUUCAAAACUUACAAGGCUGUUACAAGACAGUCUUGGAGGUAAUAGUCAGACUGUGAUGAUUGCUUGUGUUAGUCCUAGUGACAGAGACUUUAUGGAAACGUUAAAUACCUUGAAAUAUGCCAAUAGAGCACGAAAUAUUAAAAAUAAAAUCUUUGUUAAUCAAGAUAAGAGUUCGAAGACUAUAGCGCAAUUGAAGCAGCAAAUUGCUCAAUUACAAUUAGAAUUAGUUGAAUAUAAACAGGGUAAAAGAAUAGUUGGAGAAGAUGGUGCUGAAACCGUUAAUGAUAUGUUCUAUGAAAAUAAUAUGCUUCAAGGCGAAGUGAAUAAUCUAAGAACGAGAGUUAAAGCAAUGCAGGAAACCAUUGAUACAUUAACACUCAAAAAUACGAGUCUGUUAGCAGAAAAAGCUACAGGAGCCUGGAUUGGUGCGUCCACCGGGAAUGAGCAAGAUGUUUCAUACAUGAUCCAAGGAUACUUAAAAGAAAUAGAAGAGUUGAGAGCGAAGUUAAUGGAAUCGACCAAUACUUGUGAACAGCUGAGAAAGCAAAUUAGCCGUUCAAAUCAAAUAGCAUAUUUGGAUUCAAGUAUCAAAGAAAAUGCAACUCUUAUCGAGAAAGCUAAGAAAGAUCUUCAAAAAGAAAAAGAAGAGUUAAACCGAAGAUCGUUAGAACUCGAAAACGAAACAGAUGGGGAAAGUGGUGAUAACGACAGUGAAACCGAAAGCGAUGAAAAGGAAUUAAAUAAUGAACUCAAAGAUGAACUUAUCACAUUAACCAAUGAUAUAGAUAUGAAACAAAAAUUGAUAGAUGAGCUAGAACAUUCACAACGUCGAAUGCAGACGAUGAGGCAGCAUUAUGAAGAUAAACUUUUACAGUUGCAAGUUAAAAUUCAAGCAACACAAGAAGAGAGAGACAAAAUUCUACAAAACUAUAGCGCACAAGCAGAACCAUCAGAUAAAAUAAAGAAAGUCAAAGAUGAAUACACUAAAAAAUUAUCAGACAUGCAAAAGGAAUUAAAACGGCUCCAAGCUGCCCACAAAGAACAUGCUAGGCUAGUAAGAAGCCAAAGCCAAUACGAAAAUCAACUUAAAUCAUACAAAAACGAAGUAUUAGAAAUGAAAAGAGCUAAAGUAAGAUUGAUAAACAAAAUGAAAGAAGAAUCUCAGAAACAUAAAGAAGUAGAAUUAAGGAGAUUACGAGAAAUCGCCCAACUGCGUAAAGAAUCCAGAAAAAAUGCUAAUGUAAUUAAAACUAUGCAAAAUGAACGGAAAAUUAAGGAUCAAGUGUUAAAAAGGAAACAAGAAGAGGUGUCUGUGCUAAGGAAAAAUCAACGAGGAAGACUUAGUCUUAAAGCAUAUGGGAGAGUUACUAAAGGAUUCUCUGAAAAAGUUGCUAAACAGAAAUGGCUUAAAGUGGAGAAAGUUAUUAAUAAUAUUGCCAUGAGCAAGAGAGGAUUGGUGGAACAAGAGGUUAGAAUGGAACAUUUCUUGGAAAAAAGAGAAGUUCUAGGCAAAGAGCUAGAAGCUUUGGAGGAAAGAAGAAAACAAGCAGUUGAAAAAAACCAAGAUGUAACACAAUUAGACAGCUAUAUUGAAGACAUAAAAGAAAAUAUCAAUUAUGUUCAAGAAACUAUUAGUGAAACACAACACAAUGUUAUGGCUAUUGAAGAAACUGAAGACGCGAGUGAAAAUCAUGAUUUGCAACAACUAGUAACUACUAUUUACGAUAUCGAUGAGGCCAAAUACAUUAUACACAAAUUGUAUAACAUGACAUUGAGUCAAAAUCACGCAGUUGCCCAAAGAGAUGCAAAGUUGAAAGAAAACGAAGCAACUUUGUCAGAGUUACAACAAGAAAACAAAGUUAAAGGACAAUUAUUAGAUCAUGUACUCCAUAAUGAAAUUCCUAUUUUCUCCAAGGAACUCAUUACUAGUAUAUCUAGUAAUACUAAUGAUACAACAAGUUCAAAUUCGUCUCGAUCUUCUUCCCCUGCGCCUACAGAAAUGCAUUUAUCAAUCCCAGAAUCUCAAUCAUCCCAAUCGCAAUUACAAUCGAGAUCCAAAAUACGAAGACGAACCGCACAACCUGCUGAAAUGCUAUUUGGCUUACAAGCUCAUCCAGAUAUGACCCAUUCCCAGGAUGCUUCUACUCUCAGAUUGGAUUAUGGUAUACAAAGAGUGCCGAGCGUUCCAGGAACCCUUAAGUUGAAUUCCUGAUGAUCCAUGAAGUCAGAGUUUCAUCCGGUGAAGAUAACUCUCCAAACAAUGACAACAUAUUUCAGUACAUGUUUGUAAAUAGUUUUCAUGUAAUUACAUCCGUUAAUGCUACUAAACUGCUGUUAUUUUUAUUGUUUUUAAUCAUUUUGUUAUUUUACUUAUUUAUUAUUAUAUGACAAAUAAUAAACAAAUCAAGUAUUGUUACAUAUUUAGGAAUAUUCACAGUAAAAAGGUUAAUUUCAUGAUAAAACUUUUGUAUUAUUAUGGAAUUCGAUUAAUUAAGAAAGAACUGAUAUGCUGAAUGUGAAAUUUUUUAUAUAUCUUAACCAUUCCUCCUAAUGUCACUAACUCGCCUCUCUCCGCUGAGACAUUUCUGCCGAUUUGACGUUGAGUUUUCUCUGCCAAUAUUUUUGGAGUAUUCAUAAUCGUUGUAAUGCCGGUUUCAUCGAAAUAAAUAAUACAGUUAGCUGCAAAAUUAUAUCUUGGGAGAACAUCUUCUAAAUUAUUAAAAAAGUUUUCAACGGUAGUCUCAUUAAAUGAAAAGAUCCAAUCUAAGUCAGCAUUGUUAUUGACAUGAAUGAAUUUUAUUAUAUAACCAUUUAGUUGGUCUUAUUGUUCGGUAGUAAAUAUCUCCUGGAAGGUACACUUAGAUGAAAAACUCACGCCUUCGCUAUCUUUAUUCUUCUUUUUUUCUAUUCUAUGCUGCAGAGUUGCAGGUUUCAAAUUAAAUCCAUCGACUGAUGUUCUUAUUGAUAAUUUUCCUUCUAGCACGUCAGAUAUCGCAGAAGCCACAGAAAUUUCAUUGAUGGAAGUUCUCUUCAUUUUGCGUUUAAAUUUAUAAAUUUUUUAAAAAGAAAAUAAAAA